AUGGAGAAUUUCUUUUCUUUGAAAAGCAUUACUGCUACCUUGCUGAGAUCCAGCUCGACUUCCUGGUUGAUUGAUCUCAUUCUUGCGUUCCUCUGUGGACUGGGGCUCUUCCUUCUGUUACUCCCAUGCUUACAGAGUGAUUCAUAUGUCCCACCAUCUAGAAAACAUAGAAACAUCAGGAAGCAUCAAGUGGAGGUGAAGAGGAGGAGCCAGAGUAAGAAGAAAAGUGGAUCUUUGAAAGCUUGCAGAGAUUGCCUGGAAGAACUGGAGGGGACUCACCACUUGGUUUCACUUCUUCAAAGCCACCUGGGGAGGCUCCCUGACAAGAGCGGCUUUCAUCAGUUCUCCUGUCAAGACCUCCUUGAUAAGGUAUGCAAAGCAGUGCCUGCUGAAGCCCGCCAGCCAUGCGGGGAACCUGUGGAAGAUGCCGCUCCUGCCAUGUCCCUACUGGCUCCUCUGACCAAGCAUCGUGUACCUCUGGCCUCCGUCCUUUCACCAGACCCGACGACUUCCUCAGUUUCUGUUCAUUCACACACAUCCCUGAGUUCCUCUCAGCCACUCGAGCCUUUAGAUUCCCCAGACCUCCUUUCAUCCCCACCAGUUGCUCUUUCCUCGCCCCCACCAUAUCUGCCUGAUUCAGAGGCCUGUCCUCUGACAUCCUCCUCUACCCCACCACUGCUAGACUCUAUUUUGACUCAGCGUGACUCCUCGAUAGCACCGCCUCUGGGCACUGUCCCGCAGAGCUUUUUUCCACAUCCUCCUUGGUCAGCUUCUCUCAUCCCAGCUAUCUCAGGCCUUGGUCACGCACAUGGCCCCGUUUCAGCCCUGUCCUGGUGGCAGGCAGCUGCAAAAGCCUUGUAUCUCUCAACCUCAUCAGAGUACAAGUCCCAGAAAAAGCACCCUUCCCACAACCCAGCAGGGGCCUCAUUCUGGAUAGGCCCCACAGACAGACAAGGAGAGGCUAGUAGCCCUUCUCUGCUCAACUCUCAUGAACAGAAGCUCCUAGAUAUACAAGUGACAAAGAGAGUUGACAUAAAGAUUUGGAAGGAAAAAGAAAAAGAUGAAUCACAUCUAAAACAAAUGAGCCCAGACUGUCACCUGAAUUCUUUGGGGAAUAUGUUGAAAUCUCUACAUGCUAAGGAGGACACCACAACCCCCCAGCCUUUCUGGAGCACAAAAGACAAAUCAGAGCAGCUGCCUUACCCUCAGCAGUUCUCAUAUCCCAAGGUCCUGGGGAACAAUCUACAGCAGAAAUAUAACCAGCUUUUCUGGGGUCUCCCUUCUCUGCACAGUGAAUCCUUGGUGGCUACUGUUUCGAUCCCUGAGACCUCUUCUGUACCACAGUCUCCUUUCUUAUUCAACAGAAUUUCUCAUGUCUGCCCAGUUCAAAUGCAAGCUAAAAUAUCGCCACUGCUUCCGCAGUUCCAGCCCUUGUCCCAUCUAGAGUUCCAGCCUCGACCCUUUAUUCCAACAAUACCUCAAUUCCAGCCCCCACCUCUGGCUCGGACCCAAACCCAGGCACAUCUAAAAUCCUCUCUCUCAAUUCUACCAUCUUCUUCUUCAGCCCAGAUUAGGACCUCUGGACUGUCUUGCCCUACAGCCCAGAAUAAGCCACAGUCUCUUACCCCAACAGAGAUUCAACAUUCAGAAUGGUCCUUGUUGCAGAAGCAACUAGAAAAUGGGAGGACUUUAUCUUCUGUAGUCAAACAAUCUCAGGAAGUCAUUAAUGCCUUCCCUUCCAACCUUCCUGAAGACAGCUGGGCGGUCUCCAUCCUUCCUGAGAAUUUUCCGAUCAGUCCAGAGCUCAGGAAGCAGCUGGAACAACAUCUCCAAAACUGGCUCAUCCAACAUCGAUGGGAGCUGCCCCAAAGGAUCCAAGAGUCUUUAGAGAUAAGGCAGCUUCAGGGAGAAUUACCAGGCACAUGCCAGGCAAAGGGCAAGGAUAGACCCUCACAACCAUCUUCAUUUACAGGUGAAAGCAGCAAGGAUACACAGAAGGUGAAGUUCCAGCUAAGCCAGAAUGUGGGCAAGGGCCUAGGGCAUAUUCUGGGGAAGGUUCCAAAAGAUCUGUCUAGGAACUCAGAAAGCUCUGUAGUGAAGUUUCAGGAGGUGAACUCUGAGGAGUCAGAAAAUGACCUAAGGCUCUUGAGGAGUGACUCAGGAAUUGAUUUACUAAGGAGCUUAGAUAAGAAUCUAGACAACAUUCUGAAAGGCCAUUUGGGCAGAAAGUUGGGGCAGAACAGCAAGGGGUUAGUUUCUGUGAAUGUACAUCAGUCUAGCCUUGAUGUCAAGCAUCCUUCUUCCAAGUCUGAUACUCACACAGAAACCAGCAAUCUAGGCAUCUUGAAGGGUUGGGAACCCUGUGUGAACACCUGUUAUGGGGUUUCCCUCCUCGAUCCAGACACUCAAGAGGAACUGGAAGCACAUAUUACAAGGUUUUGGGUAAAGCAUAGGUGGAGCCUACCUCUCAAGGUCCUCAAGCCCAUAAAUCUCUUUAAAUUGAAAAAGCCUCCCCCCUCCUCCAUGCAGUUUGUCUCCCCGCCCUCAGCCACCUGUGUAUCUGAGUCCCACUCAACAGUAAAAUUUGCUGAGUUCCUCGGAAAACCUCCUCAGGCCCAUUCAGGAGAGAAGGCAAUAAAAGAAGAGUCAGUUCCCACCCUGAUAAGGCCUCUCCUUACCCCCUCACCUGUGUAUAAGGAAAAUCAGAGGGGGCUGGACAGUAUCCCAUGUGAUGACUACCUUGGACCCUCAGAGGCUUCUCUGACUGGAUUGGAGGACAGGUUACCUUCUCAGUCCUUCAAACUCAGCAUUGUGGGAAGAACCUGGAAGAAUGAGACUGUGAACUUAGGAUCCCAACCUUUGAGAAGUAAAGAGGCCAGGGAAGCCACAGAGGCCAAGGAGUCUCCUGCUUUUCAUCAACAGUCUAGAGUUACGUUGGGAACCAAAGUGUUAACAAAACCCCAAACCACAAGUGUACAUAGGAGGAAUUUAGAGGCCCCAGGGGCCAGUAAACAUUCCCCACUCACUAGAAUGUCUGUUUUCCAAUGUCCAGGUGAGCCAUGCCUUAACACGAACGUUGCUAGUAAGUUUAAGUCCAAAGUAAAGGCACGGUCAAACAUCCAGCUUCAACACUGUCCCAAACACGCAUGCCUUGGUGCAGACAACUUGACUUCUCCAGUGCCUCACUGCCAUCCUCAAAGAUUCCCCACCAGAGACAGAUUAGUUUCCCAGACACUACAUGGCUUUAAGGCAGCCCAAAGGAGAAACCUAAGGCAGCAGGAGCCCGAAACUCCAAAACUUCAGGAUUCAUGGAAGAGCCAGAGCAAGACGAUAGCCCCUACUUACAAAAGAGAGGACUGUACGAGGCAUAAACCAGGAGAGCAUAAGGAAAGCUUCAAAGAAUUAGGGACCUCUCAAGCUGGAAGUAUGAGACGCCCUGCCCAGGUCUGGGGAAAAAUACAGUCUUUUGGAACCAAACGUCUUCAGGUCACACCAGAGAAGAAACAGGGUCCUCAAGAAAGCCUCUUCAGAAAAGGGAUAAGGCUACUUUUAAAGUGGAUUGUCCCCAGUAGAAAAGUUAAAGGUGGUGAUGCCCUGCAAAACUGCAAGCCUAUAUUGGCCACUGCCCAGAGCGAAGGACCAGUCAAAAGCAGAUCAAUCUUGAACAGUGAGAAUGCUGAGGCUCAGGCACUUAUGACAGCUGUUGGACACAUCCUAGAAGAAAAAAUGACAAUUCACCAUGGACUUCAUGCCACAAAGUUAAAAGAACCCAAACAGGAACUCCAAGCCCCGUUAUGUGGGUGUUUCUGCUACUACAGGCUUCCCUCUUACCCACAGCAAGGGAAAAAUAUGGGUUAUACAGCCUGUCGUCAUCAAGCCACCUCCAAGGGCCAGAGCUGUUCUAUCAGAAAAGGGGAAGUCAAACAUCUACAGAGCUCAAAAAGUGUAAGAUUCAAUGAUGAUCAGCUGAGCCCAACCUCAUCCCCCAAGAAGACUCUGACUCUGGUCCAUCCCUGCCAGUAUGCACCAAGGUUUCCAGGUGCCCUAGUCCACCAUCAACACUGUCCAAGGCACUGUCAUCUCUGGGGAGGUGUCUUACCUGCUCAACUGUAA